AUGGCCUCCACGCAGCGGUGUCUGGCUCAGCUGAGCAGGAGCGCCCUCAAUUCGACAACGAGAACACGGCCGCAGCUGGCAUUGCGCCCCGCCGCCGCCUUCCAGCCCACUACCGCCGCCGUUGUCGUCGUCCGCGAGCAGAAGAAGAAAAAGGGCAGCAACUACUUCAAGUUGCCCAACCUCAAGGCUGCCGAGCAGUUUGCGCUGCUGGACGCGAUGCGGUACAUCCGCGCGUUCGAAGUCGGGCGCCCGCCCAACGUGCCCAAGUACGAGCUGCACGUGAAGCUGCGCUCGCUGAAGAAUGGCCCCGUGAUACGGAACCGGCUGCGGCUGCCGCACCCGGUGAAGACGGACCUGCGCAUCUGCGUGAUAGCGGCGCCGGGGUCCAAGGCGGCCGAGGCGGCGCGCGCGGCGGGCGCGGCGCUCGUGGGCGAGGAAGACGUCUUCGACGCCGUCAAGGAGGGCCGCGUCGACUUUGACCGCUGCAUCUGCCACGUCGACUCGGCGUCCAAGAUGAACAGGGCCGGCUUGGGCCGCAUCCUCGGUCCCAAGGGCUUGAUGCCCUCGGCUAAGACGGGCACUGUCAUCAAGGACGUCGCGACCGCUGUCAAAGAUAUGGUCGGUGGCGCUGAGUAUAGGGAGCGCUUGGGCGUUAUUCGCAUCGCCAUUGGCCAGCUGGGCUUCACGCCCGAGGAGAUCCAGCGCAAUAUCAAGUCGUUUGUGGACAGCCUCAAGAAGGACAUGGCCAUCCUGAGCGACAGGAUAAGUAAGGAGAUUCACGAGGUGGUGCUGAGCUCGACCAACUCGCCCGGCUUCAGCUUGAGCGGCGAGUACAGCUCGCCCGAAUCGGUGCCGGCCAAGGACCUAGCGACGCAAUAG